AUGGGUGUUAACGUCAAAGGAGCUGAACUGGUGAUCCACAUGGGUCCUUCUAGUGCCCUUGAUGAUUAUUUGCAAGAAUGCGGACGUGUUGGCAGGGACAGUAAUUCAACAGCACAUGCUGUCCUGUUAAAGUACAGUGGAUCAACAAGAAGCAAAAAUAUCACAAAACCAAUUAAAGAGUAUGUAAGGAAUAGAAUUGUUUGUUGUCGGAUUUUUUGAUGAAACCUUUUUCUGAAGAAGCUACUAAGGCAGUGAUCGGGCACAGUUGCUGUGAUAUUUGUGCAGAAUCAUGUGCAUGUCUUUGCACAUGCCCCGAAAGUAAUUGCACAUGUGGUGUUAAGUGUGACUAUGCUCGCUACAUGUCACCAAUAGAGAUAUAUCUAACAUCACUAGAGAAUAAGGAGUCAUCUAGCGUUGAUACUUCUACAGAGAAAUAUGUCAUAUAAAAAAAAAGAUGUGUUGCAGUUAGAAGUGACCUGCUGAGUUAUCGAGCACAGCUUGCAAAUAACAUUUCACAUGAUAAGCUAUUAACAGGACUUGACCUUGCAACUGGUUUUUCAAGAGGUUUAAUAGAGAAAAUCGUAGCAGAGAUUAAGGUCAUAGACAGUCUUGAAACUCUGGUGCAACAGUUCAGUUUUUUCUGUGAUGAUCAUGCCAAAGCUACAUGGGAAAUAAUUUCACAUUGUAUUGCAGAAUCAGAUUGUGGCAGUGAUGAAUCUAUUAAUGAUGAUGCAAGCUCUGAUGGUUAA